AUGGUGCCUCCGCCACCAGAACCUUACCACGUGUGCCUCCGCUGCCAGAGCCUCUACCGCCUGGACCUAUGCCGCUGCCGCUGGUGCCUCCGCUGCCUGAUCCUCUACCGCCUAGGCUUAUCCCACUGCCACUGGUGCCUCCGCCUCAAGAGCCUCUACCGCUGCGGCCUCUCCCGCUGGUGCUUCUGCGGCCUCUGCCGCCUGAGCCUCUACUGCCUGGGUCUCUGUCACUGCCGCUGGUGCCUCCGCCGCCAGAGCCUCUGCCUUCUGGGCCUCCAUCGCUAG